AUGACGUUUCCACUCGACCGAUAUACCUAUCCCUUAGAUCCUGUUAAAUUAAUUGAAGAGAAUAAACCACGUAAUCGAUCGGAAGAUCAAAAUUACUUUUUCGUAAGUGACGAACCUCCUGCACUCUACGCAAUACAUAGACACUACAAUAAUUUUUUUAACUAUACUUGGACUUAUAAAUUGGAUUCUGAUGUUACGAUGAAAUAUUUUAUAAUAAGGAACAAAGUAGGUAAAGUCAUAGGACCUAAGAAAGAUAUGAAUUGGAUGGAUAUCAAUGACAUGACACCAACUAGUAAGCACAUUGAAAAGAAGUUGCAGAGUAAAAAAAAAGCAGCUGCGUGGUUUGCAACAGACUGCCCAACACCGAGUGAACGUGAAAAGUUUGUAAACAGCUUACAAGACGAAUUGCAGCAUUAUAACCUAAGCAUUGAUACAUUUGGACGCUGUGGCGAGUUUCACUGUCCCAAAUAUAAAAUGGAAGAAUGUCAUGCCUUUGUAGAGAAAGAUUAUUAUUUUUAUUUGGCGUUUGAGAAUUCAAUGUCGGAAGACUACGUCACUGAAAAGGUUUUGACAGCUUUGGAACACUAUACGGUGCCUAUAGUUUACGGAGGAGCAAAUUAUACCAGAUUUAUUCCUAAAGGAAUAUAUUUAGAUGCUGAAAGCUUAGGACCUGGUGAACUGGCGAGGGUAAUGAACGAUACUAUGUGCAACAAGAAAAAAUAUUACGACUUUUUCAAAUGGCACAAUCAUUACAGUUUUCAUGCCUCUAAUGCCAGCGCGAACACUGAUGAAAUCUGCGCCUUUUGUGCUUUCCUUAAUGAAAAGAAACUCAA